UUUAAACUCCAGAUGGCCCUCCCUCAGCAUCACUCCCUGACAGCCUCUACCAACAUGAAGUUUUUGAUCCUCGUCGCCGUGUCUGCCGUGGCCACCGCCGCCCCUGAUUACAACCCCCCGGAGGCCACCUACGGCGCCCCCGCUGCCUCCAGCAGGGCUGUCUCGUUCGACACUGUCGAGGUGGUUCCUAUCCUGAGGGACGACCGUGUUCAGGAAACAGACGGAAGGUACAACUUCGACGUGGAGACUGGCGACGGCAUCGUCCUGUCCCAGUCUGGGUCUCCAGACGGUCCCGAUGGAGCUGUUGUGAAGGCUGGCAGAUACGCCUACACUGCUCCUGACGGCACCCCAGUCGAAGUAACAUUUGUAGCCGACGAGAACGGCUACCAGCCCCAGUCUGACCUGCUGCCAGUGGCUCCCGCCUUCCCCCACCCAAUCCCUCAGUUCGUGCUGGACCAGAUCGCCUUCGCCGCUGAGGAGGACGCUGCCCGCGCCCGUGGAGAGUCUGCUGGUUUGAGGUCUGCUGCCUCCUCCCCAUCUAGCUCAUAUGGACCCCCUCAGUAAUACUCUGUAUUCUUCACUUAGUUCUGAGGAACAUUAAUAUUUAUGUAUUUAUUGCAUCUGUGUUUUAGACAAUGUGGACGUUAUCUCUAUUGCUAAAUAAACACAAUUGAUAAACUA